AUGGUCACCAAUUCGGAAUCACAAAAUCUGACAUCCAUAUCAGAAUUCCAUCUCAUGGAACUCACAGAGGAUUCAGAACUACAGCCUGUGCUUGUGGGACUGUUCCUGUCCUUGUACCUGGUCACAGUGCUGGGGAACCUGCUCAUCAUCCUGGCCGUCAGCUCUGAUGCCCACCUCCACACCCCCAUGUACUUUUUCCUCGCCAACCUGUCCUUGGCUGACAUCUGCUUCAUCUCCACCAUGGUCCCAAAACUGAAUGAACACCCAAGUCACAGCAGAGUCAUCUCCUAUGUGGACUGCCUGAUGCAGAUGUCCCUUUUUAUCCUUUCUGGAUGUAUGGAUGACAUGCUUCUGACCGUGAUGGCCUAUGACUGGUUUGUGGCCAUCUGCCACCUACUGAAUUACUCAGUUAUCAUGAACCCUUGCCUCUGUGGAUUCUUAGUUUUGAUGUCCUUUUUGAUCAGCCUUUUUGAUUCUCAGCUGCAUAACUUGAUUGUCUUAAACUUUAGGUACUUCAAGGAUGUGGAAAUUGCUAAUUUCUUCUGUGACCCUUCUCAACUACUUAAUCUUGCCUGUUCCGAUACUUUAACAAAUAACAUCGUCAUGUAUUUUGUUGUUACUCUGUCUGGCUUUCUUCCCAUCACUGGGAUUCUUUUUUCUUACUAUAAAAUUGUUUCCUCCAUUCUGAGGAUCCCUUCUUCAGGGGGGAGGUACAAAGCCUUCUCCACCUGUGGGUCUCACCUGGCAGUUGUUUGCUUAUUUUAUGGGACAGAUCUUACAGUGUAUCUUGGUUCCACUGUAUCACUUUCUCCCAGAACAGAUGCAGUGUUCUCUGUAAUGUACACAGUGGUCAGCCCUAUGCUGAACCCCUUCAUCUACAGCCUGAGGAACAGGGACAUUAAAACUGCCCUGAGAAGGAUGCACAGCAAUGCAUACAAUCCCAGAGCCCGAGGCAUCUGUUUUUAA